CGUUGACAAAAACACCACGACUCACAAAGCCGGCUACCACGAACGCUCGGCCGCCUUUGCGUGAAGUGAAAAAGAAUGUGGCAGUCAACAACUAUCGUUCAGCCUCGAUGAAACCCACGAAGCCCUCUUCAAAGGGUGUCACCCGUGUCGCAAAUACCCAGGCACCGACGCGACAUCUGGAGUACUACGAGCCAGUAUUCUACUCAUUCUCAAAGGUGUUCAAGAGCUAUGUGAAGCUGUUUAUCAAGGACGUUCAUGCGCUGGAACUUCUGCCACAAUUUCAAGUCGCCGGAGUUCGAUUCUACCUAAAUCAUCCCAUCAAAUUCGUCUCGGUAGUCGGCAUCGUCAUCGGAAUCACCAUUCGAGAAAAGUACAGCCUCAUCACCGUGGACGACUCCUCCGGCUCCACAAUCGACCUUCGCAUCGAUAAAGAAAAGUACAAACCUCUGGUCGACAAAUGCGAGGACGCAGACGUAGGGCCAUACGCAGUCGGCACCAUACUCAAGGCAAACGGGAUUAUCAUGGACCACUUCGGCAUCCGACAAUUGGCUAUUGAAUCACUGCAUGUCGUGCCAGAUCUCGAUGCAGAGGUUAAAGCAUGGCAGGUGAGAUUGGAGUACAAGCAGACUGUUUUAAGCCAACCAUGGGUGGUGAGCGAGGAGAUUAAGAAGCAACUAUUCGCAAUAAAGGCUGCGGAGGAGGCGGCGACCUCGGCGAAAGCGUACGGCAAUAGCGGAAAGCGCAAGACAAGCAGCAAAGGAACAGGAUUACAGGCAAACGUGAAUGCGAUGCGAAAGGAGACCGAAGCAGCGAGACAGAGGUAUUCUUUCACAUCAUCACCUCAAGAGCACCAUACACUCCGAUCGCUGAAGCUACUCUUGCUCCAGUACUUUAAGGAGGCAGAUAUUCGAGACUUUACCAUCUCCACACUACGCGCAGAGCCGGAGAUCGAGGAAGCUACGCGCCUGGUCGUUACACGACUCGAAUCGACAGAUCCAGGUGGACUUCGUGGGUCAGGAAGAAGCGAGAAGGUGCGCAGCUGCCUCGAUCUGACUCUGCGCGAGCUUAUCAAAGAUGGGAAUAUCAUCAACACGUCGUUAGCAACUGGUGCAUACUUCACUAUUGGGUAUUGGAACUUGGCACCUUUGAUCAAGGACGCUUGUACUACUGCAAGGAAGAAAAAGAAGACCAAGACAGGCGUCGUAGGACAAGUCAAUGCACGGGAUAUCUGGAUGAAAGCAAAGAAUCAAGGGGGAGGAUGGGAGGAUGUGCCAAAGGCAGUGGUGGCAGGCGUUGUGGCAGAAGCUGUCGAGAAGGAAGAAGGUUGGGCCCUUGUUCGACAAGGAGUAUGGAUAUGGGUGGGAUUUUAA